CUCACAAAAGUGCGUGAGAUUUGGAGAGAAAUUGUUGCGCCCUUUCUUUUCUCCUCCUUUCUCACCAUCCAAGAAUGGUGAGAUCCUCGAUGCUUCUGCGUUCACACGGUGCAGUGCAGGAUGUCCUGAGGAAGAGAAUUCGUAAAUGAAUAGAGGAAGUGCAUGCAUGAUUAUUGAAAAUGCGCUCGCAAACAAGCAUACGGUCCUUUUCAAAAAAAAAAACAAAGAAAAGUCAGGGUCCACGGAAUGCAACCACCCGGAGACCAUUUGAUCCCCUUGAAUACCGCUCGGCGUCUUCUUUGAACGUGCUCCGAAUUUCCCCCUGUUUUUUCCACACUCUCCCAGCCAUCUUAGAGAGAGAGAGAGAGAGAGAGAGAGAGAGAGAGAGAGAGAGAGAGAGAGAGAGAAUGAAGAAGGCGGCGAUGGCCGCUUUACUGCCGCUAUCUGCACUCAUAUAUUCAUACGCUGAAGAAACUUUCGACGUUCGCCAACAUGUCUGCACUGCAACCAGGUAUGAUGUGGCGAAAGACAUCCCUGGCAAUGGGUCGUUGCCUUCUUCUAUUCCAGACCAAUGUACUCCUAUUCAUUUGAAUCUUGUGGCAAGGCACGGAACUCGUGCUCCUACCAAGAAAAAGUUAAGAGAGUUGAACGAUUUAGCAACACGUAUAGAAGUUCUUCUACAAGAUACGAAAGAGCAGAAGUUGGCCACACAGAAAGUUCCUGCCUGGUUUUGGGGAUGGAAAUCUCCUUGGAAAGAGAAGCUCACGGGUGGAGAAUUAAUCAAGGAAGGAGAAGAAGAACUAUAUAAUCUGGGGAUCAGAACUAGAGACAAGUUUCCACAACUGUUUAAUGAGGAUUACCAUCCGGAUGUGUAUCUGAUCAAGGCAACCGAGAUUCCUCGUGCAUCAGCUAGUGCUGUAGCAUUUGGCAUGGGGCUGUUUAGUGGGAGAGGAAAUCUUGGACCAGGGUGUGAUCGAGCUUUUGCAGUAUCCAGCGAAAGCUGUGCAACUGAUAUAAUGUUGAGAUUCCAUGAUUGUUGUCACAACUACAAGGCCUUCCUAAAAAAGCAAGAGCCAACUGUUGAUAAGCUCAAGGAACCUAUCUUGGAUGAAAUAACCGAUGCAUUAAGGAGGCGUUAUGAACUAAAUUUUAAAAGACAGGAUAUAUAUUCUCUCUGGUAUUUGUGCAAACAGGAAGCAUCCUUAUUGAAUAUGACUGACCAAGCUUGUGCUUUGUUCACUCCGUCUGAGGUUUCUUUAUUGGAGUGGACUGAUGAUUUGCAACUAUUCAUGUUAGAGGGUUAUGGAAAUGCAUUAAACUACAGGAUGGGAGUGCCAUUGCUUCAAGAUGUUGUGCAGUCCAUGGAACAAGCUAUCAAGGCUAAAGAAGAAGGACGAGCUCCCAGAACUUAUGAAAAAGCAAGAAUGCGGUUUGCACACGCUGAGACUCUCGUUCCAUUCUCAUGUCUUCUUGGCCUCUUUCUUGAAGGAUCUGACUUCGAAAAAAUACGGAAGGAACAACCCUUAGAACUCCCUCCAAAGCCGCCACAGAGAAGAAAUUGGAGGGGCAGUUUGGUGGCGCCUUUUGCUGGAAACGAUAUGCUGGUACUUUAUAGCUGUCCAGAUAAUUCUUCAACCAAGUACUUUGUGCAAGUACUCCAUAAUGAACAUCCUGUACCAAUACCUGGUUGUAAUAAUUCUGAUGUCUGCCCGUAUGAAGUCUUCAUGGAAAGAAUAGUUGCCCCUCAUUUGAAGCAUAACUACAACACAAUCUGUAAUAUGAAGAUGGAAGAACCAGAGCAGACGUCUCUCACUAGCACUGGUGGAGCCAAGAUUUAAACUUGGAGGUGGCACCCAAAAGGAUUUUCCGUCCUACAAAAAAAUGUUGGAUUGGUCCAACGGAUAAUUUUAAAAGAAUAUGUUUUUAUUCAAACAAAUUCAAUUUAUUUUUUCAAAAAUUAAAAAACUUCGUUGAGCUCUAUUAUCUUGAGAAAGAAACGUUUGAAAUUUUUUGAACCAAAAUGCAUUUUUUAAGUUUCAUUUUGCAUGCCGAAAAACCUCCUUGGGACGGAGGGAGUAUUUAACACCAAAAAAGUACACGUGUUAUACGACUAAUUAUACAAAAUACCUAAAAAUAUACAUGUUUUCAUAGGAGAAUCAUCUAUUAACAAUAGUAAAACAAUAGCCAUUAAAAUUGGUGGGAGGUCGUGAAGAAAAGCAGUCGUUUUCUAGUGGGAGGUUGGGACCUGGGGGUGGCCAGUGCCACCACGCCCCCCUUAAAGCUUCCGCCUGUCUCACUAGUAAGUUAACACAAAUGUUUCGUUGGCUCUUCUCGCAAUCGCAAAGCGUAAUCCAACUAGUCGAAGAGUAUAAAAUGGAUCCAUUCUAAUUUUCGGAUGCGGGAUUGUGUCUCCUAGCACUUUGUUCAUUUACUUUCAAGUCUGUAGCUCUUGCAACUUGUUCACUGGCAAUAUCUGCUCAUUCGAAUGCUUCUGAUGCCCUGGUGGCUCUAAUUUUAUACCCUUUUUUUUCUCUU